GGGCUUUGACGUCUGGAAUUACACCCCUUCGGCUGCAUCACUGCUGGGAACUGCGCAUUACCAGGAACCGUCUACCUGCCGGGCUCCCAGCCUCCUGUACAAUAGAAAGUUUCUGCUUAAAUUUCCCACCAUUGCUUCCCCUGGUUCAGCUUGGCCACUGAUGGCAAAGGGAGGAUUUGGCUUGUGUGUCUUGGAGAGAGCUUGUCCGGCGAGGAUGGAUCUCUUGUACCUCUUACGGCUGCUGCUUACCGCCUGUGUGUUCGGCCUGUCCCAGACAGUCAACCCCUUUGUGGUGCAGCAAACUGCAUCCGACCCUUGCUAUGAUGAGAACAGCGCCCCCCGGCGCUGCAUCCCCGAGUUUGUCAAUGCUGCCUUUGGGAAGGAAGUGCAGGCCUCCAGCACGUGUGGGAAGCCUCCCACUCGCCACUGCGAUGCCUCAGACCCCCGCAAAGCCCACCCGGUAUCUUACCUCACGGAUCUCAACACUGCCUCCAACAUGACGUGCUGGCGUUCUGAGAGCCUGCACCUUUCCCCUCAGAAUGUCACGCUCACCCUCUCCCUGGCCAAGAAGUUUGAGGUGAUUUAUGUCAGCCUGCAGUUCUGCUCGGCCCGGCCUGAGUCAGCAGCCAUUUUAAAAUCUAUGGAUUAUGGCAAGACCUGGGUGCCUUACCAGUACUACUCCUCCCAGUGCCGGAAGAUCUACGGCAAGCCCAACAAAGCCACCGUCACCAAGCAAAAUGAGCAGGAGGCGCUGUGCACUGAUGGCCACACAGAUCUGUACCCGCUCACUGGGGGCCUCAUUGCCUUCAGCACGCUGGACGGACGGCCGUCCGCCCAAGACUUUGACAACAGCCCAGUGCUCCAGGACUGGGUGACAGCUACGGACAUCCGGGUCAUUUUCAGCCGCCCCCAUUUGUUCCGGGAGCUGGGGGGCCGGGACAAUGAAGAGGACGAUGGCGGGACCAGCUCGUUUUCAUACUAUUAUGCCGUGGGUGAGUUCCAGGUCGGGGGGCGGUGCAAGUGCAAUGGGCACGCCUCCCGCUGCGUGAAGGACAAGGAGGGCAAGCUUGUGUGUGACUGCAAGCACAACACUGAGGGCCCCGAAUGCGACCGCUGCAAACCCUUCCAUUAUGACCGCCCGUGGCAGAGGGCCAACGCCAGGGAGGCCAACGAGUGUCUAGCCUGCAACUGUAACCUGCAUGCCCGGCGCUGCCGCUUCAACAUGGAGCUGUACAAACUCUCAGGCAGGAAGAGCGGAGGUGUCUGCCUCAACUGUCGCCACAACACAGCCGGCCGGCACUGCCAUUACUGCAAAGAGGGGUUCUACCGGGACAUGAGCAAAUCCAUCAGCGACCGCAAGGCCUGCAAAGCUUGUGACUGCCACCCUGUUGGCGCAGCCGGUAAAACCUGCAACCAGACCACCGGACAGUGCCCAUGCAAAGAUGGUGUGACAGGGCUCACCUGCAAUCGCUGUGCCAAGGGCUACCAGCAGAGCCGGUCACCUGUGGCUCCUUGCAUCAAGAUUCCUGCCAUCAACCCAACCUCCGUGGUCACCAGCACAGAAGAGCCAGCAGCCCCAGGUCAUGACAGUGGAAUAAACCAAAUCGAGAUGCUGCUGCACCUGAUCCUGGGACCAACCCUUUAUUAGCCAGUCGUUAAGAUACAGGUACAUUUGAACACCCCAGCUCCUCAGGUAAGCGGCCACUAGCGCUAUGCACUGGGUGAACACUCUUGGGGCUGACGAGAGACCAAAUGGCAUCGGCGUGAAUUGGAAAAGGCAUUGGCCCAGUGUAAAACUAAGGAAGCACCUGUGCCCUGGGAAAAUGGAAAUAUGGAAUUACGUGUCCUUCAAGUCGAGGGCGGCGUACUAGUCUCCCGAAUCCAGGGAGAGGAUGAUGGAGGCCAAGGAGACCAUGCAAAACUUUAACUUCUUGAGAGACUUGUUGAGGCAACAUAGGUCCAAAAUGGAUCAGAGGCCCCCUUUUGCUUUUGGGAUUAGGAUGUAGUGGAAGCAGAACCUCUUUCCUUUCAUGUCUCGAGGGACCUCCUCCAUCGCCCCCAGGUGCAGGAGGUUCUCAAUCUCUUGGACAAGGAGUUGCUCAUGAGAAGGGUCUGUGAAGAGGGAUGGGGAUGGGGGUGGGAGAGAGGGUCGGCCAUGAACUUCAGGGGUAAUCCAAGGAUAUUACUUUGAACAUCCAAUGGUCUGAGGUCAACCAAGACCAGGCCAACCGGAAGGGGCAGAGGCAGUUGAGGAAAGAGUGGGAGGGUGGGUCCUGGGAACUGACAGGGACAUUGUCCUUGAGCGCACCCUCAAAAUGACUGCUUCUGGCCUCCUUGGUUCCUGCAAGGGCCAGGCUGAGCAGAUGAAUGGAAGAUGACGGGUGUCACUGCUUAGACCCCUUGUCUCUAUCCUUUCUCCUGUAGGUGCCCAGCCGGGGAGUCCCCCAGCACCUAGACUCUGGAGGAGGUGGAGGGUGGAACGGCUUCCUGGCCUGUUGAGGAGUGUGGAGGCCCAAGGAAUGGAAGGUGGCAUGAGAAUCUUUAAGGUCAUGGAGUCUUGAAUAUGUGAGCUCAGAGAAGAGCCCCGCCCCCUCAAACGGGAGGUACUGAAUAGCGGCCUGCAUUUCCUGGGAUAACCCAGAAGACUGCAACCAGGAGCUGUGCCUCAUGGCCACCGCAAAGGUGACCACCCUGGCUGCUGAGUCAGUAGCAUCCCAGGCCAUUUGGAGGGCCCACCCUUGCCACCACCGUGCCUUCAUCCACCAAAGUGGCGAACUCCUGGGCUCGGUCCUGCGGGAGGGCCUCUUUGAACUUGUUAAGGGAGUCCCACAGUUAAAAUUGUACCUGCCUAGCAGUGCCUGGACACCCUGAAUUGCAGGCUGUCCGUUGAAUAAAUCUUUCUGCCAAAUAAGUCCAGUGUCUUGGUGUUGUUUUUUUCCGGCAUGCCACUGACUUGGCCCUGCCUGUUGUAGUAGGCAAAGAGCCUGAGAUAUAAGCCUGGUAUAA